GGACUCGCGUGUGGCGCGGAAUAGAGUCACGCCUCUUCAAGAAUUACCCGCCAACUUCCAGACUAGACCCCGCGCCAAGGGACAGACACACACACAAUCACAGAGGACUCGGACGCAGUGUACACUUCACAACGAGCUCAACACAAUGCGCUCCAAGAGGCAGCAGGUGAGCCCCCCCACCUCCACCAGAAUGAACCUGCGCAGUUACAGGAGCACCGCUGUGGUCCCCAUGGAAACCUCCUCCUCUUCCUCCGACGACAGCUGUGACAGUUUUGGAUCUGAUGGUUUUGGGACCUCGAAGAGGCCGCUGAGACAGACGAGACGCUCGGCUCCGAUUGAGAAAGUGUUUAACGUUUUACCUGUGACGGAGGAAGAGGAUGCGUGCAGCGGCUUUGAGAAGGACCUGAACGACGACAUGACGCACAUGAACAUGGACUCUGAUUCUGAGGCCUGUUCACCUCCCAGAAAAACUCGCAAAUCGUUCACACUCAGAGUAGCCAUGAAGUUCCCCAACAAACGAGCCAGUCCAUCAAAGCCCGAGUCCAAACCUAAACCUAAACCAGAACCAAAAGACUCUGAAGGCGAGAACUUCAUGCUGAAGAGAGCGCUGAACAUCAAAGAGAACAAAGCGAUGCUUGCUAAGCUAAUGGCAGAGCUGGAUAAGGUUCCUGGACUCAUUCCCAGGAAGGCUGCUUUGUCACAAGGCAAUACGCCUCGCCGUGCUCCACGCCGCUCUCUGGACCUCAGUGGCACUCGCCGGCGAAACCCGGAGCGGACGUCACGUCCUCACACACGUUCACGGUCACUAGUAGAUGGACCACCCUCCCCCCCUCCAGAGGAAGAAAACGAGGACAAAUACAGCCUGAUUCGCAGAAACAGAAACGACGAUGAUGAUGAUGAUGAAGAGGAGCAGAAGGAGCCACGUCGGCGCAGUUACAACAGCACUCUGACGAUCCCUCACGUGGUGAGGCCCGUGGAGGAAAUCACUCGGGCUGAACUGGACAACAUCUGUGUCAACGUCAGAGAGAAGAUUUACAACCGGGCCACUGGAUCCACCUGCCAUCAGUGUCGACAAAAAACAACCGACACCAAAACCAACUGCCGCAACCCAGAAUGCGUGGGUGUUCGAGGGCAGUUCUGCGGGCCUUGUCUCAAGAACAGAUACGGAGAAGACGUCCGUGAUGCCCUCCUGAACCCGGAGUGGCUUUGCCCACCGUGCAGGGGCAUCUGUAACUGCAGCUUCUGCCGUGCCAGAGAGGGCCGCUGUGCCACAGGUGUGCUCGUGUACCUGGCCAAAUACCACGGCUACGACAAUGUCCACGCUUAUCUCAAAAGUUUAAAGAAGGAACUGGAGGAAAGUGAAUAAGAGGGUUGCCGUGUUCGGCGGAGUCCAACCAUAACUGACAUCGUCCUCAAGCGUCUUAAUCGUUGACGUGUGAUUCACUGAGCUUUAAACUUGCUGCAGGUUCAAUCUGAGUAGACUUGUUGUGAGUUGUCUACAUGAAAUCCUUAAGUUUGCAUUGUUUUAAAUGUAUCUCCUUUUUGUGUUUUUGUUUUUCAAAGGGAGUGUUUUUAUCUCUACUGUAUUGGUAAAUUUUACAAUUGUUGGCUGCAAUACUUGUCUUUGCUGUUUUGUACCAUGAUUUGUUUCACUCUGUGGGUUCUUCAGACGCUGUUAUAACUGCGCUAUGUACUGCUGUCGUACUCGAAUAAAAACUGUGCUUUCUAA